UUGUGGGGGUAGCAAAGAGAACAGAUAAAAGACAGUAAAACAAAGCCUUUCACUUUCCUCAAAUUAGCAGGCUAAUGUAGUAUAAAAAAAAGCAGUUCUACUCAGAUCUGUGCUAAGAGCUUUCAUUUCAUCAUAAUAUAAAACAGCAGAUCCGUCACCUUUCUCUAUUCAGUACUCUUGAUUUCGAGGUUGAAGUGAAAAUUAGAAGCUGUUCAUUCUGGCUCACAGACUGGGUUGCAUUUGCUUAGUCUUAUUGCAUGACAGUAGGAUGGAAAGAGGUCAGUAACACUGGAAUCUGACUGAUCAUCCAUACCGGAGUAUCGUACACAAACAUAAAGUUCCUUCGAAAUGGACUACUUUCUGGAUGUCGAGUCUGCUCACAGACUGUUUUACAGUCAAGGAGCUCAAGCUCGUCGGGCAACUCUUCUUACCGUGCCCACUCUGAUGACAGCAUCUUCUGAGGAUGACAUAGACCGGAGACCCAUCAGAAGACUCCGGUCUAAGAGUGACACCCCUUACUUGGAAGAAGCUAGGAUCUGCUUCAACCUUGAUAAUGCUCGCCGGGCCACGCUGCUCACCGUGCCCACAUUAAUGGCGGCAUCUUCCGAGGAGGACAUCGACCGCAGACCCAUCCGCCGCGUCCGCUCCAAGAGCGACACCCCCUACCUCGCCGAGGCCCGCAUCUCCUUCAACCUCGAGACAGCUGAGGAAGUGGAAAGACUGGCUGCAAUGCGUUCAGAUUCUCUAGUACCUGGGACUCACACACCUCCGAUCAGAAGAAGAAGCAAAUUUGCCACUCUUGGAAGACUUUUUAAGCCAUGGAAAUGGAGGAAGAAGAAGAGUGAAAAAUUUAAGCAUACUUCAGCAGCCUUGGAAAGAAAAAUAUCGAUGAGGCAAAGCAGAGAGGAGCUUAUAAAACGAGGAGUGCUGAAAGAAAUUUUUGAUAAAGAUGGGGAACUUUCCAUACCAAAUGAAGAAGGAGCUUUGGAGAAUGGGCAGCCUCUGGGCUCCGGGCAAGUGCUGAGCUCCAGCCAGGUGUCCCUGCCAGCCCUAGCAGAACUGGAGUCAGGUCCAGCACCUGGGGAACCCUGCUCAUACGAGGUGCUCCCAACCACAGAGAUCAUGGAUGGGACAGUGUCUGAAGAGAGCCCCACAUCCAAUGAAUCCGGCGUCCUCCUCUCCCAAGAUCCUACAGCUAAGCCAGUCCUGCUACUUCCCCCCAAAAAAUCUGCCGCUUUCCCUGGAGACCAUGAGGACACCCCAGUGAAACAGUUGUCCCUCCUCAAACAGCCCCCUGCCCUGCCUCCUAAACCUAUUGCCAGGAUUUCCAGCCACUUAACUGAUCCUGGCGCUCCUGUGAAACUGCCUUGUAUGCCAGUUAAACUGUCACCUCCACUACCUCCAAAGAAAGUCAUGAUUUGCAUGCCUUUAGGGGGGCCAGACCUCUCUCUCUCGUCCUAUUCCACGCAGAAGAGCUCCCAGCAGCCUUUGACCCAGCACCAUCACACUGUCCUGCCAUCCCAGUUAGCAGCUCACCAGCACCAGCUCCAGUACGGCAGCCACAGCCAGCACCUGUCUUCUGGGUCCAGCACGUUGCCCAUUCACCCUUCAGGGUGCCGGAUGAUAGAGGAACUGAACAAAACGCUAGCCAUGACCAUGCAAAGGCUAGAAAGCUCUGGUUUACACACAGGUGACAGUGUUACAAAAACCGGACCUGGGGGCCUUCCAGACAUGAGACAAGUGCCAACUGUUGUGAUCGAAUGCGAUGACAAUAAAGAAAAUGUGCCUCAUGAAACUGACUAUGAAGACUCUUCCUGCCUCUACACAAGACAGGAAGAGGAGGAAGAGGAAGAUGAAGAUGAGGAUAACUCAUUAUUUACAAGCUCCCUGGCAAUGAAAGUCUGCAGGAAGGACUCUUUAGCAAUCAAACUAAGCAACAGGCCUUCCAAGCGAGAGCUGGAGGAAAAGAACAUCCUCCCCAUGCAGACUGAUGAAGAGAGGCUCGAACUCAGACAGCAGAUUGGGACAAAGUUAACAAGACGACUGAGCCAGAGGCCGACUGCUGAAGAAUUGGAGCAGAGGAACAUUCUGAAACCCCGGAAUGAGCAAGAGGAGCAGGAGGAAAAACGAGAGAUAAAGCGAAGAUUAACACGUAAGCUGAGUCAAAGGCCCACGGUAGAAGAGCUACGUGAGAGGAAGAUCCUCAUCCGCUUCAGCGACUAUGUAGAAGUGGCAGAUGCGCAGGACUACGACAGGAGGGCGGACAAACCCUGGACACGACUCACAGCCGCCGACAAAGCAGCCAUUCGAAAAGAGCUUAAUGAAUUUAAAAGCACUGAAAUGGAAGUUCAUGAAUUAAGUAGGCAUCUAACAAGGUUUCAUAGACCGUAGCAGUUCAACUCUACCUGACUACUAUGCCAUCUUCAACACAUAACUAAAAGGAACCUUAAGUGCUGGUAUUAUUCACUUCCCUGUUACGUACAAUGUAAAUCUUCUGAACUGCCUUUUUAAAAAAAAAAAAAAGAAAAAGAGUAGAAAAAUAAAUAUAAAAAAAGGAAAAUUGUAUUUACAUGUGAUGGGUACUGCAGCAUCAUCAGACCUGCUGGUUCAAGCUUCAAUAACAGAAAAUACCCCUGGUGGGAAUCAUGCCGAGACUUGGCAUCUAUGUAUAAGACUUUCCUGGCAUGUGGAUUUGCCAUACAUGUUCAAGCCCAGCUGGUGGUGCAUCCAUUUCGUCUUCGGGCACCCCCCCUCAUCCUGACAAGCCCCUGUCAUCAACUCCAGAGAGCCCUGAGAUGGUGUUCAGGGAAUCACUGGCCUGGGUGAAGGCUCCAAAAGACCAGCACCUAUGGCACUAAAGCACUUAUACCAAACACUCCUUUCAGGCUGCGAGCACCUUAUGAGGAUGGUGAAGGAUCAAAACUCCUCUUCGGGCCAACCCAUCUGUGAAUAUCAUCUGACUAGAAAGGAGAAGUUUAAGGCCAAUCGAUAGGCAUUGUUUGGCUCCCAAGCAGAAAAAGGCGUCGCCUAUAGAGAACCGGACUCCCUGUUGAAGGCUGGUUGACUUCUAGCAACUGUUUAUUUUUCACCUCUUUCAAGUAUAAUUUUCUAAACCCAGUUGUGAACCCAUCAGCAGUAAGCAACAAGAACGUUGAGGACAAGCAAGCAAAACCCAUCUCUUCAUGGUCACUGCAUGGCAUUCGCGCAGCUUGUAGAUUGUUUUUUCACACCCAAGCAUCGUGACUGUGUGAGAGCCAACGUGCGCCCGGCAGCAAGAAAGGCUGGCAUUCCCACCCGCUGUGCAGAGGGACACAGGAGAGGAGGAACUGGGGGGGUCGAGGAGGGAUAUCCAUCCUCUCUGUAUCAGGUGUUUCAAGAACUGAUCCUAACCUCACCCUGAGAAAAGCAUGGCAGAUCGUGUUACCUGGCCUAACAAAAGGAGUGUGGUGCAUCGGACUUGUCACCGGUACCCUCAGCUGACGCAUGAGGACAGCAAUUCAGAGGUGUUCUGGUUUGGUUUUAAUUUAUUUUUCUUAUAGUGGUUUAACACACAGACUGACCAAGGAGAGCUCAGAGAGCUGGUCACUCUGGGCCUGCUUUACCUGCCAACUUAAGUGCGUGCUUAAUGCUAAGUAAGCACGCAAACAGCCUCACUGCAUUCAAGAAGAUGUCUGACAGGCUCGAUUGAAGCUGAACACAUGUAAGUGCUUUUCUGAACUUUGGCCAGCACCUCCCAGAAUCAAGUCCUUAACUAGUGUAACGCCAGCAAGCUGGGGCAAACAUCGUCCAGGAUUCCUUUCCAGCUCUUACAAGGAACUAUCAUGCCAUGUUUUGGGCCACUGGCCCAAAGCACUGUAGCAACAUCACUGUAAGAAGUUCCAGAUUAUCACUUCAGGACACCUUUUUUCUUCCAAAAUAGCUAUUUUGCUUUGACAGAUUGAGCAGAGAGGCCAAAGGUUUUUACUAAAAUGUUAUUUCUGUUAUUAAUUUUUUUUUCCUUUCUCGCUGUCUUCCAUGUAUCUAUCCACUCUUCUGUGCUCCCUCUCUACCUCCCCCGAUGCCAUGCUAACAUUGCCCUUUACCGAUUGCGGGACGAGAAGCCUCUCGCGCGUGAGCAUUUAAUGGCCAAUGCUGCGUCGUGCCAACACUCCUGCCUCUUCUCAGGCCUUGGUCUCACUCCUCUGGUCGCAGGAGUAAAGCAAAGGGACCUGCGUGUAGCCCAUGGAGUUGCGGUAGCAUCCAGCCUGCCCAAAUGACACGGGCAGCGAGGCUAACAACGCGCUCCAUUUCGCUUAGCAGCGGUACGCAAUACCUCACAGAUUUGCUCCCCAUCAGCGACAAGCGAAAAGCAUUUCAUUCUCAGCUGCGGCCAUCCUUGCAAGGCUGCGGGUUAUUGGCUAUUAAACAACAAUUGGCUCUUGUAGGAUGGAAGAUGCUACAAAGGAAAGUAAAAACCAGCUGGUUUCUGGUGCCUGGUUUUUGAGCCAGCAUGUCUCUGAUGCGAUACGCUGCCCAGACGAGGUGAUGAUUUCUGAGGAAACACACCUGGCAAUCCCUGCAUCGCCAGCUCACAGUUGCUUUAGAUACAAGUUCAUCCGUAGUGGAAGCCUUUAAUGUGCAAUGUUAUCAGCUCAGUGCAGUAAAGACAGAGCACUUACGUACUAGCCAGGAAUACACUGCUUUGGGGUUAUUUUCAUGAAAAGCCGGGGGCGUCAUGUUUUUAAAUUCAUUGACGUACACAUGCACUCCUAACAAGACCACCACAGCUUUAAAAAGGGAAAACAAAACUCUCGGCUUUUGGCUACGCGCAUACAGUGCAUUAAGAGAGGGCUCUGCAACGUGGCUGUUUCGAAGAGCAACAAGCCCUCACAUUUCCAGUAUGGAUCCCAUACCUGCCCUGCCGUCGUUAGCUCAGAGGUUCAGUGUGAAAGGGAAAGGAGGCCAUUUAAGGACCAGUGGUGACAGAAACCGCAGGAGUCAAGAAAGCUGGUGGGAGGAGAGAUUUAAUUUUUUUUAAUUUCAUGAUUAAAAUGAAGAGGAAAGAGGUGUAAGUGGCAGACUGCUGCUCUCAGUCUGUUGUCGGUGCCAGAGUCCCCAGGGGAAGGGGUAGUCAGGGGGCAACGUCACUCUGGGUACUGCCACCGUCCCUCCUGGCCAUGGAGCCCCAGCAGUGCCCACAUCUGCCAGUCUGGUGGCCUAAAUAAACCCUCGGGCAGAGGUUGAGGCAAGUCCUGGGUGACGGCCAGACGUUCCCCGGCACCCUGCCUUCGUCUGGGUGGGCCCCAGGCAGGUCCCGGCCGACCUCUUAGCAAGUUGUCGCUCUCUGCCUGCCUCAGGAUUCAGGCUGUCCCCAGGGCAGCUAUAUGUGGCAAUGCUUUACUCUUCUUUUCUUUUGUAAUGAUGUUAACUCCUGGCUGAGCAGACACCAGGACACAGUGGAAGAACUGCCAUAUUUCUCCCGAAUUGCAAGUAGAGCUUAUUACCGAAAAGAGAAAAGGAGGAGGAGAAAGAAGCCAUAUAAAGUGUUUGGCACUGUUAGUAAGCGUCGCAGAACUGGCACAUCAUCUGGUUUUACCUUCAGUGGAUCUGGAUAUUUUGCAAAGUUACCCUUUGGCGAGGCAUUCUUCAGCAACCUUUCAGUGCCUGAACACUGCAGCGCAUCCUCAGUUUGCACGCCCACCUCUGGCAUCCGUGGGAAGUUGCAAGCAGUACAGGAGAAAAGCUAGUCUUUU